UCGAAGAGGCAGCUCGUUCGUUUUGGGCGAACAGGUACAACAAUUACAUCAAGAAUAACGACAACAACAACAUCUUACAUCAACGACAGUGGUAGUGAUGGAGGCGGCGAUCAGGCACGACGUGGGGCUGCAGCAUCCUAUGUGGAGUACGGAAGUUGUUGUUGCCUCGCCCGAGGAGGAGGAAGCAGCGCUGGAGUUGGUGAGAAUGUAUAAAUGCCAGGUGGAAGACAUUCAUGUAGUGCUGACUCAACAUCGCCAUAAUCUGCCAGUGGAGUUUUUGGUGGAGGGUGAGGAAAUGUUCAUCGGGUGGGAGGAGGAGCUCCAUGCAAAUCUCUCCCUCCAACAGUUCGGUGGCACUAAAAGAGCAAAAGUGAUGGGUGGGCUGCGUGAUUGCACCGAAAUGCUCGGGAAAGUGAGAGAAAUCUUUGUUGAGCUUCGGGCAGGGCUGCCCCCCCAUCUGCACGUGAAUACACGAAUGGAUGAUUCGAAACGGAGCUGCUGCGUGGACUUUGAGGAGGGGCAAGCCACGUUGCAGGACCGCUACUGUGAAGAUGACGGGGGCAUCACAAAAGAUGUGAACAAUAACAGCCUCAUUGCCUGCAGUUCUGCCACUUCCACCGAUAAAGAUGAUAUAAUUGCCAACAAGAAUAGUGAUGACGACAACAACAAUAACAACCACAACAACAACAACAACAACGACAAUCACAACAGCGAUGCUGGUGUUCCAUGUGGAGAUGACGAUGACAACAAUUCCGACAACAAUAUCGACGAUGACAACAACAACAACAUCAACAACAACGACAAUUACAACAGCGAGGAUGGUGCUCAAAGUGGUGUUCCACGUGGAGAUGACGAUGAUAACAAUACCGACAACAACAUCGAUGACAACAACACAACAACAACAACAACAAUAACGACAAUUACAACAACAACAACGACAAUUACAACAGCGACGAUGGUGCUCAGCGUGGAGACGAAGCCCCGUAUUUGUGUUCCUUCCACUGGAGAACUACGUGUCCGAGCAGUAGAAGAGUUCCAUGACCAGGCAGCUGCCGGUCAUAUGGGCUUCCACAAGACGUUGGCUCGUGUGAGCCGCCUGUACGUCUGGCCGAAGAGCAAGGACUUUGUGAAGGACUACGUCGCAGAGUGUCCCACCUGUCAAGAGGUGAACAGUGCGAACCACCUACCUUAUGGUUUGCUCCAGCCUCUUCCUAUCCCUGAGGGUCGUUGGCAGUCCAUCUUGAUGGACUUUAUCGGUCCUCUUCGACCUCCACCCCCCCGCGGUCAUGAUGCUAUCCUGGUCGUCGUCGACCGCUUCACGAAGCGUGCACGCUUUGUUCCGUGCCGCUAUGCCAUCAGUGCACGUGAGGUCACCGACAUCGUAUUUGACCGAGUCGUGCGUGACCACGGCUUACCUCUGAGCAUCAUAUCUGACCGUGACCCGCGCUUUACCAGCCGAUUCUGGCGACGGCUCCACGAGGUGUAUGACACUCAGCUCCACUUCUCCUCGUCUUACCAUCCUCAGACUGAUGGUCAGACCAAGAUCACGAACAGGACUCUCGGGGAUAUUCUCCGAAAGAUUGUUCGUGACGACCAGCAGUGGGAUCUCCAUCCUGCCCACGCGGAGAUAGCCUACAACCACGCCGUCUCGCCAGCCACGGGGAUGUCGCCUUACUAUUGCGACCUCGGCUAUCACCCGCGUGUUCCCGCGGACUUCCUUCGACCGUCCCAGAUGCACCCCGAUACGAGUUGUCUCGCGCUGGAUGAUUGGGUUGCACACAUGACGUCGAUUAUGAAGACCGCACAUGAGCACAUAGCCGCUUCCCAGACUCGCAUGGCAGCACGUGCGAACCGAUCGAGGAUGGAUCACCCAUUCAAGGUCGGUGAUGAUGUGCUUAUCGACUCCCGCCUCUUACAGCUCGAAGCGGACACGCUUCGCAAGUUUCGCCUUCGCUUCUUUGGCCCAUGCCGCAUCCUCCAGGCCAUCGGUUCUGAUACGGCAUCUAGCCCGGUCAGCUUUCGUGUGAAGCUGCCCGACUACCCACGUCAGGCUCAUGUGCAUGAUGUCUACCACGUCUCGUUACUGCGUCCUUACCGCACACCGUCUGAGCGUUUCGCUGGACGACCAUACGAGCGCCCUCUACCCAUCAUGGUGGACGGCCACGAGGAGUUCCUCGUUUCAGACAUCAUUGGUCGCCGAGUCACCGACGACAACCCUCCCCACGUCGAGUAUCUCGUACGUUGGAAGGGUUACCCUGAUGAGGAGGCUACCUGGGAGCCCCUCGAACACUUGCAGCACGUACGCAUGUUGGUGCGUGCCUAUGACCGUGCUCGUCGUGCUGGGUUCACUGCUCCUCCUCAGCCCACUGACCCUCCUCCUUCUCCUCCAGCUGAGGAGACCGCUGAAGUCGAGACUGCUCCAUCUGAGGCAGACCUUUCAGCAGCAGCCGGAUGCCUCUGAGCGUCCACAGCGCACUCGUCGUCGUCCUGCUCGAUAGGACGAUUGACUCUGACUUACCUUCCCACGUCUUUGACUUCUCAGUACUCCAUCCACAUCAGUCUUGCUACUUUAGCUCGUCGACGCGGCGGCUCUUUCUCGA